AUCGCACCCUCUCCGCCGCCAAGACCAUCCUCGCAUCCGGGUUGCCAGCUCUCCUUGAGCCCAGAAGCACACCGCGCGCCAUGCGACCACCGAGAGGGCGAGGCGGUGGUGGCCGGUUCGGCGGAGGAGGAGGCCGGGGCCGCGGCGGGGGCCGAUUCAGCGGUGGUGGCCGAGGUGGCGGCGGGGGCCGCUUCGGCGGCGGGUUCCGCGACGAGGGCCCGCCCGCGGAGGUCGUCGAGGUUUCGACGUUCCUGCACGCGUGCGAGGGGGAGGCGGUGACGAAGCUCACCAACGAGAAGGUGCCCUACUUCAACGCGCCCAUCUAUCUGCAGAACAAGACCCAGAUCGGCAAGGUUGAAGAGAUCUUCGGCCCCAUCAACGAAUCCUAUUUCUCUGUGAAGAUGAUGGAGGGGAUCAUUGCAACAUCGUACAAUGAAGGCGACAAGUUCUAUAUCGACCCAAUGAAAUUGCUGCCGCUCUCACGCUUCCUGCCACAACCAAAGGGACAAUCUCAAGGAGCACCUAGAGGUGGUGGGCGUGGUGGAGGAAGGGGUUUUGGGCGAGGCCGUGGUGGUGGUUCUUUCCGCGGUGGAAGAGGACCACCAAGGGGGGGUGGUCGAGGUCCAAGGGGUGGAGGCCGUGGCGGUUUUAGAGGGCGAGGAAGGUUCUAGGUGCAGUUUGAGUUUGAUGAUGUUUUCCCCUUGAAGCAUCAUAGCUGCACAAUUGGAAACUUCCAUGUUAUUGUAACCAGAUAUGUUUAAGGUAGCAGAGCACUUUAUCUGUGGAACUUGGAUUCUCAACUGAAACAAACGGUUUGUACCUGUUCCGUUCCCAAUGGCCAUUAUGUGCUUCCUUGUUCUGAA